AUGGAUGAUAAAAAAAAAUUGGAAGAAACUGUAGAAAAAGAGUCGCCGGAAGACAAUAUUACUGGAAAGAAACUUAUCAACAAUGCAACCGUACAAACUCAAAAUGAUGCUGGUCCUUCAAGAGUAAUAAACUUGCCCGGGGAAAUCCCACGCAGCCCUAAGAAUAACCUAAGAACAGGAAUAUCGAAGUCUGAGCACAGUUUCAGGCGAAUAAUAACAAGGGAAGAUGUCGCUGAUGCUCUGAAACUUACAUCUUUAAGCAUUUGUAAAGCGAAUCAUCCCAAAAACAUUAAAAUGGAAGACCUUAAAAUACCGAUAUUAGAGAAAUUCGAAAAUAAAACUGACGAUUCUAUUACAUACAAUGAACUAAAAAAGUACAUGGCUUCUUGUUUCAAACUAAAUAAAACGAGACCUAACAGAAUAAAUGAAACCUCUAGUGUGAGUGUCCAUGCUGCUAUUAGUACAAUAGCUAACGAUUUGGUGCAAAACAUUCCAAAUGCAAGUCUCAUAAAUAGUAAAGGUACUGUAAAUGAGGUUGUUGUCACAAAAAAUGGUACUAAGCAAUCAAAGAUACCGGAAGAGAGUAAGAAAAAGAAAACUUCGGGUGAUGCGUCGGAAAUAUCAGAAUUGGAAGUUAAAAGACGCGAUUCGUUAUCAAGCAUCGGCUCCAAUGUUUGCCGAAUUUGUAUGACUAGAGGAAAAGAAAGAUUAAUAUCGCCUUGCAAUUGCAAAGGGUCGCUGGCAAACGUCCACCUCUCGUGUUUGCAGAGGUGGCUUAAUCAAGUGGGCAGAAACCACUGCGAGCUGUGCGGCUUCAGUUACCCGGCGAUCCGCACGCCUCGCUACACCGUGCUACAGGCUCUGCGUAUGUGGUUCUGCAAUCCACGGAACAGGAGUCAUCUACAGUCCGAUUGCUUGAUUUUUUGGCUGCUGUCCACGGUAACCGCCGGCCUCCUGGCGGUAUGCAUCGUUGGCACACAAUACUUUGUGAUUGAGGGUAACAAUUUUGGUAAGCUCGAUGCGACUAGAAAAAGUGGAGGUCUAUCGCAUCGUAUUACAGAGACGGCGAUGGACUUUUUUAUGGCCAUAGUGUUGUGCGGCUAUUCCGUGACGGUGUAUUUCCUGUGGAAGGACCAUUACGUCAUGUGGAACCGAUGGCGGCGCGCCAACGUCAACGUCCAGCUGUUGCUCACCCCGGACGCGAACCCUGUACCUUUCGUGCCGAGACCUAGAUAUAACGUCGUUUGAAUACAUCUAGUAUUGUUUAAUGUCUUUUUAUUAUUUUCGUAGCAUUUUUAUUUGUACUUGUAGUCGUCAAGUAGGCGUAACAUGCCGCCCACGAAGUAUUCGUGACGACAAAUCGACCAAUUGUCUCUCUCUUUCGUCCCAACGCAACAAAACGAGUGGCGGUAUAUUACGAGUAAUAUAGUCGGAUAAAAUUACGAGUAACGGUUCGGCGCUAUUGGUCGACUUGUCGUCACCUUAUGUCGUAGAUCGCAUGUAAUGCCUACACUGGUGCUAACAUGCGACCAAGUGAAGAGAAAUUGACAAAAUGUCGUACAAGGCGACGGAGUUGUCCCAGUUCCAUCCAUUUCGUCCCAAUACAAUGAAAGAGAUAGCGGUAAUUCCGGUUGCACCGCCAUUGGUUCAAAUUUGUCUAUUUCUCUUCACGAGAUUAUCUCAUUGGUCGCACGUUAGCACUACAGGUUGAGAUAAUGACUUAUUUCACGAAAAGGUAAAAAUACAUAACGAGAGAAAACUACAGUAUUGACUACUUCUGAUCACGACAACCUGCGGUUCUGCGUUCGAUUCCAGGAUCGGUUUAUGAAAUAUCAAGCAUUUUCUUAUUGUUCGAAAAAAUUCUCAGUAAAGAUUCUAAGCCCAAAGUUUGGAAAAUGACUUGCUGCUGCUAUGCUAAUCCCUUGUACCUCAGAGUAUUGGAGACCACGUUAACACUUUCAUUCUGAUAAUGAUCGUUAUAAAAUCAAACAAUAUCACCAAUCAAAUAAGGUGAAAAUA